AACGAGACCAUCUUAUUCAAAUGUGAUAACUCUUACAAUACAUUUAUCGAAAUACUGAAAUAUUUGGGUACUGUAUUCUACCUGUCCAUCGGAUUUAUUCUCCAUAUUUUUUUAAUGAAAACAAUUUUGAUUUCUCAGAAAUCAUUUUUCAAAGAUAACUCAUAUUUUCAGCUUCAUGUCGUGGAUUCUAUAGCGAGCAUUGUGGUCACCCUAAAUGAGCUAUUUUUCUUCAAACUCUUUACUUAUCUGACUCCGUUAUGCUCAAUAAUCGGUCCAUUUUUCUGGACCCCUUCUAUCAACCUCAACAUGGUUUAUAUCAGUUUGAACCAUGCCAGAUUUUCAAAAUCCAUCACUCAAAUUUUCAUGGUUCUCAACCGAAUGUCGUGUGUAUUAUUUCCAACGGCAUACAAUAGAAUCUGGAGAGUUAUGAGUUCUGUAUCCUAUCUUCUCAUCCUGUUCCUCCCUUGCGCCGGAAUGUGGAACGUUUGGAUUUCCAGAAUUUAUUUAAAAUCUCUUCGCGGUGGAUUUACACUGGGUUAUGAGAAAACUGUGAAAUGGGCGGCCCUAUCUCUCUUCCAAUCAAUAUUCAUCCUUACCGCGUUGGCUUUCACUAUAGUUUGCUCUUCGAUAACAUUUUUCAAACUAAUUUUUCUUCCGGAGCGUAUAAAACCUGCUGAAAAAUCUCUUUGUUUAACCUCUAUUUUCAUUUCCUUUACUUUUGUUUCGGUGGCAAUCACUCAGGUG